UUCUAGAUUGGAAUCUGAUGAUUAGGAAAUGAAGAUGUCGACCUCCGACCAUCAUCAUUCGAGCUUUAUUGACCCGGUCCCGACCACCAACCAGGUUGGACAGAGUUCAGAUAGUUCAGCAUCGACUCUGGAGGGUGGUAUUCAUAAUAGACGAUUUCGAGGCCCUACAGUCAUCAGCGAGGUGGCGAACUUGCCACCCAAUAAGCAACUGAAUAUCAGUUGGAAUAAGUACGGGCAGCCCAUUGGACAUAAGUACAAUGAAUUUACAAGGUGGCUGGGCAUUUUAUCUAGGAAUGGGCGCUUAGCGCCUCUUGAUCACGAUAGUUGGCAUCAUGUGCCACUAUCUCACAAGAAUGAGAUUUGGAAUGAAGUGAAGAUCAAGUGGAAUAUCGACGAGGAGCGUCGAAAUUGGGUAAUGAAGUCCAUCGGAGCUUCAUGGAAGGAGUGGAAGAAGAGGUUAAAAAAAGAACACUACAAGCGAUAUUUGACUAAUGAGGAACGACUAGCUCACUGUCCUGAUCGAGUGGAGCCGACACACUGGAAGUGGCUCGUCACCUAUUGGUCAAGUGAUGAAGGACAGGCCCGCACUCAAAGGAAUAAAAUCAACCGCAGCAAGCAUCGUAUGGCCCACACUGCUGGCUCAAGGAGCUUUGCUCAAGUGCAUGAAGAAGAGCGGGCAAACAAUCUUAGUGGAGAGUCUCCUGAUCGGGAAACGUUGUUCAUAACGACCCAUCGAAAGAAAGAUGGGAGUGUUGUGAACGAGGAGUCGGCUCAUGUUAUUGAAAUGAUCGAGGAGUUACGGGCAACUCAGACUGCUGAGUCCUCUCAGAGUAGCACUGCCCGAGACAAUCUCUUAUCCCAGAUAUUAGGACCAGAGCAUCCGGGCCGGGUCCGCAUGAUGGGGUUAGGUCCCACAGCUUCCACGUUAUGGGGCACAAGAAAUACCAUUGCAGAACUCAGGAGGGAGACUGAUGAGUUGCGACGACACAUGAAUGAGCGGGUAGAGCAACUAGUGGAGGAGCGGAUGAAAGAACAGAUGGCUAAGCAUCUAGAGCAAAUGGAGCAACGGAUGACAGAGCGAAUAACGGAGCAGAUGGAGCAACGGAUGACAGAGCGAAUAAUAGAGCAGAUGAUGGCACGAAUGAUAGAUACUAUGAACUCAUUGGCUGCAACAGACCAAACUUUGGGCAAUGUACUAAAUGUAGAGGCUGACUUAGUCUCCACUCCUAAGAAUAGACUUGAGGCUGAGGGACCUCAGUCGAAGAGAAGUGGAAAUUCAACAAGCAUUUUGUCUAAUAAAUCAGAUGCUUUGAUGUUCUUUUCUGAGAUUUUGUCUAAUACACCUGAUUUGGAAGCAUAUAUGUGUAUAAGGGAGAUUGGCGAUGUUGCCUCACCUCUUCGUCAACACAUGGAAGGCUACUCGUCAUAUGGGUGCUCAUCAAAUGCAUGUGAUCCUUCGACCAGCUGCAAUCCACGUGAAGCAGGUUCACAUGCUGCAAUGGAAGGGAGUUGCCAAUCUACAAAUAAUAGUGGUGAAGUUAUUUUCCAGUUCAACUGGAGUAUGGCAAACAUAUUUUCCAGUUCAGGACUGAAGAUUAGGCAAUGUGUUUCCUGA